CCGAGCGUCCAAACCCGGUCCGAGUUGCAAACAUACCCUCUGCCUCCCUGGUCACUGCGAGCUUAUUUCUGUGCCCUCGAACGCUUGAACUUUCGAGACACUCCCAAGGCCCAAGCGCGUUCCUCCCUUCACUUCUUUUCCGCCUCCGGUCCUCGUGCUUCGCACUUUCGCAGUAUACUGAUCUCUUGUUGGAAAUCAGCUGAUCGAAGGCCUCAAGGGUUUCUGCGAAAUCUUCUAUUGUCCUUUGAGUCGCUUUACUCUCAGAAGAAGCUCUUUAGCUUCCUAGUUCACACCACCUAAAUGGCGAUUGCUGCACAAACUCCUGAUAUUAUGGGAGAGCGACAGUCCGGUCAGGACGUUCGGACUCAAAAUGUUGUGGCCUGUCAAGCAGUUGCGAACAUUGUAAAAUCGUCGCUUGGGCCCGUUGGUCUUGAUAAGAUGCUAGUUGAUGAUAUUGGUGAUGUAACAAUCACUAAUGAUGGUGCUACAAUACUCAAGAUGUUAGAAGUUGAACAUCCAGCUGCCAAGGUACUUGUGGAAUUGGCUGAGCUCCAAGAUCGAGAGGUUGGAGAUGGAACAACCUCAGUUGUCAUUGUAGCUGCAGAGCUUCUUAAGAGAGCAAAUGAUCUGGUGAGAAAUAAGAUCCACCCAACAUCUAUAAUCAGUGGAUACAGACUUGCUAUGAGGGAAGCAUGCAAAUAUGUUGAUGAGAAGCUGGCCACGAAGGUUGAAAAGCUGGGAAAGGAUUCCCUCAUAAACUCUGCCAAGACAAGCAUGUCAUCCAAAUUAAUUGAUAUUGAUAGUGACUUCUUCGCUAAUUUGGCUGUAGAUGCAGUUCAAGCAAUAAAAGCUACCAAUGCAAGAGGGGAAAUUAAAUACCCUAUCAAGAGUAUCAAUAUUUUGAAAGCUCAUGGGAAAAGUGCAAAAGACAGUUAUUUGCUGAAUGGUUAUGCACUAAAUACUGGCCGUGCUGCCCAAGGAAUGCCCAUUAGAGUUGCUCCUGCAAGGAUUGCUUGUCUCGAUUUUAAUCUUCAGAAGACAAAAAUGCAAUUGGGUAUUCAAGUUGUAGUUACAGAUCCUAGGGAGCUUGAGAAGAUUCGUCAAAGAGAGGCUGAUAUGACAAAAGAGCGUAUUGAAAAGCUUCUGAAAGCAGGUGCCAAUGUUGUGCUAACAAGUAAAGGGAUUGAUGAUAUGGCACUCAAGUAUUUUGUAGAGGCUGGGGCAAUUGCCGUGAGGCGCGUUCGCAAAGAGGAUCUGCGUCAUGUUGCCAAGGCUACUGGUGCAACAGUUGUUUCAACCUUUGCUGAUAUGGAGGGAGAGGAAACAUUUGAUUCAUCACUUCUUGGUUAUGCCGAGGAAGUUGUUGAGGAGCAGAUUUCUGAUGAUGAUGUGAUUAUGAUAAAAGGGACCAAAAGUUCAAGUGCGGUCUCUGUCAUCCUCAGAGGUGCAAAUGACUACAUGCUGGAUGAGAUGGAGCGAGCUUUGCAUGAUGCGUUGUGCAUUGUCAAGAGAACUCUUGAAUCCAAUGUGGUGGUAGCUGGUGGUGGUGCGGUUGAAGCUGCUUUAUCUGUCUACUUGGAGMAUCUUGCAACAACCUUGGGAUCCCGAGAACAGUUGGCAAUUGCAGAAUUUGCUGAAUCCCUUUUGAUUAUACCAAAGGUUCUUGCUGUAAAUGCUGCAAAGGAUGCCACAGAAUUGGUUGCAAAGCUUCGGGCAUAUCAUCACACUGCACAAACCAAAGCUGAUAAACAGCACCUGUCAAGCAUGGGGCUUGACCUCUCAAAGGGAACUAUCCGUAACAACUUAGAAGCUGGAGUCAUUGAACCUGCAAUGAGCAAGGUGAAGAUAUUGCAGUUUGCUACUGAAGCUGCCAUUACAAUUCUGCGGAUAGAUGACAUGAUCAAGCUUGUCAAAGAUGAAAAUGAGAAUGCGGAGGAAUAGAACUUCAACCUAAAACAUAAUUGAAGUUGUCAUGUGCAUGUUUUUUCUACUUCAGAACUGUGGUCCCAGUCCAGUGUGGCCCUCUUUUUUGGAGGGGGUAUCGAUUUUGUGGAUGUUUAUGUUGUUUUUUGUUUGUAUUCAAUAGCCUCGACUGUUUCAAGAAUGUGUUUGUAUCCUGGUUUCAAAUAUAUUCCAAAUUCUGCGAGUACUAGAAAUCCGUAAUUGAAGGACUGUAGUUCAACAAGA